GACCCAUAGCACACAGCCGCCCAUUUCUCCUCCCCCGAGUCUCGCGCUCGCCGUCCCAGUUCUUCCGCAGCUUUUGUGCAACAUAUGCUAUCGUAUUCUGCGCAAAGCGAGCGCUGAGCAGCGCGUUGUCUCGCGUGUGGGCGGCAGGAACCGUCGGAUGGCGACCGGGUGCGGCAGUCAAUUCGUCUUGGCUAUCAAGCGCCAGUCUCUCUGCCUUCGCCAUGUCGUCCGUCCAGGUCCUCUCCCUUGCCUCCAUUCGCGCCCUCUUCAACCUCCGCAGUCUCUAUCUCAUCACCUAUGGCUGGCUCUUGGGAAUGUCGAUUUGGGUGACCUUCAUCGGCGGUACUAUUGCACUCAGGACCCUCCCAAGGCACCAGUUUGGCACCCUCCAGCAUCGCACGUUCCCCAUUUACUUCAUGAUCAGCAUCGCCAUGUCCUCGGGCCUUUUGGCGCUCUGGUCGCGCGCUCAUCCCACCGUCCUCACUGAAAUCACGAAUCCGGCUCUGGCUGAUGUGGCGCAGGCUUAUGCGCUCGGCACCGUCACGAUAAUGCACUUGAUUAACCACUUUGUGGUCGGACCUCUCACUAGCAAGACCAUGUUUCAACGCCACAAGCAGGAAAAGGAAGAAGGCAAGGCUUAUAACGAGCCCGGCAUUUCCGAUGCAAUGAAGUCACUGAACAGCACGUUCAGUAUGUUGCAUGGCGUGAGCUCUUUUGCCAAUCUCUUUGCUCUGAUGGCCCUCCUGUUCCAUGGCCUCUGGUUGGGCAAUUUCGGCAGUGGAUUGUAGAAGCCACCGCAACGCUCUCGCCAUCACUGUCUUUUUGCUUACGCCAAGAAUGUUUAUCUGUCCUGCUUGCUUUCAUGUUGUUGUUCAUUAGCCUCGCUGUGUGUUUUUGUAAACGCCCGUGUUGUGUCAAUAGUGCCUCACACAUAGGACAGGAAUAGUCCGUGAAAAUGCGUAAGGUAUAUAC